AUGAACGACGAAGAAAAGGUCUUCUUCAAAUUUACCGAAAGUAAAAUUCUGCUAAGCGAGUUCUGUGAGGAAUAUGUUAAGGCAAAAAAGAAGGAAGAAAUUCUCACCCAAGAAUUAAAUAAAGUACAACUCAAAAAUUGUCAACUGGAAAAUGAAAUAGAGAAAUAUAAACAACUCGUAAGUAAUAUAGAAAGGAAAAAAGACAAAGAAAUGGAAAAUUACAAUUUUGAAUAUGAUAUAAAAAUUAAAAAAUUAGAAACAGAAAUGGACGUACUCAGUUCUUGUCUCAAUAAGGAAAAAGAAAAUUAUAAUUUAAAAGCAACAGAACUUAUAGGACUCAAAUUGGAAAAUGAAAAAUAUAAAUCACAACUAAAUGAUCGAAAAGAAAAUAAUAAUCAUGAAAAAGAAAACAAAAAAAUGCUCACACAAAACCAUAUUAAUGUACUUAAUAAAAUGUACGCAGAGAUUAAUCAAAAGGUAGAAGCCAUAAUGCAACAUUUACAUGAUAGCAAAAAUAAUAGGCACAACAUUGAACAGAAAAUAAAAACUUACGAAACUCUUUUAAACGAAUAUUUAAAAAAAAUCACAGAAACAAAUUUGAAGUGUGAAAAAUUUUAUAAAUUACAUAAAGAAGCACAAUUCAAAAAUAUGCUCAACAAGUCAAAGAACAAAGUUCUAAAAAGUCGAAUAGAAGAAUUAAAAAAUGAAAACCAAGUCUUGUCCAACCAAGUCGAUGCCUUAAAAAAAAAUAUGGAGCACAUGGACGCCGAGAAGACACAGUACUUCUUAUUGCUCAAAAAGGCAGAAAAAAAAAAAUUAUUUUUUUAUCAUAAAUUUAAGGAAAAAAAUGCAACGCUAGGUGUUGAUAAUAACAGCCUGCCGCGCCAUCAGCUACACGACCACCGCCAUGAUUGCUCCAGGCGCUCCCAUUCGUUUGACACCCCAAGUAGGUCACCUUCUCAUCUUAUCAGGCUAGACCAAGUUGUACCCGAUCACACAACUUGCAAAAAUGGGAAAAGCCAUUCAUCUCAACAUGAAAACCAUGCACUAACCAAAAAUGACCCUCUCACUUGGAAGCAAAAUUUAAAACAAAAAAACAGAAGCACUUCAAUUUACAAGUACAGAGAUGUCGACAGAAACAAAUCCUACUGCCUAGACCAAUCUAAUAUCAUAAAGGAAAGGAAGCGCAAGAAAAUUCUUUUCUUUUCUGACAAUGAUCAUGAUAAAAGACAAAAAAGGAAAAAUGAAAUUUCGAAUGAAAAAAACAGUGUGCAGUACAUAGACUUAAUAGUUAACUCGACAAACAUAAUUCCCAAGAAGGUAGGGCCCGAUGGAAGUUCCCCUACAAACUGCACUAUGCUUAAAAUAGCCCCAGUUUAG